AUGUUGAUCAAGGUUAAGACAUUGACUGGAAAGGAGAUUGAGAUUGAUAUCGAUCCAACUGACAAGAUCCAACGUAUCAAGGAGAGAGUCGAGGAGAAGGAGGGAAUCCCACCAUCACAACAGAGACUUAUUUUCGGAGGAAAGCAGAUGGGAGAUGAGAAGACUGCCAAGGACUACUCUAUUGAGGGAGGUUCAGUGCUUCACUUGGUGUUGGCUCUGCGUGGAGGAAACUAA